AUGUGGUCCGCAGCGAUCUCUCUCAUUCCUCUUGCAACCGUGGUGGCAGGACAUGGAUAUCUCAUCCAGCCAGAUAGUCGAACCAAGUUGGGCUUUAAGGCUGGCAUUGACACAUGCCCAGAAUGUAGUAUUCUGGAACCAGUCUCAUCCUGGCCAGACCUCGACUCAGCAGCAAUUGGCCGCAGCGGACCCUGUGGCUACAACGCUCGCGUGAGCGUAGACUACAAUCAACCAGGUAGUGACUGGGGAACCAAUGUGGUCACUACAUACACGGCCGGUGAAGUAGUCGAUGUUGUCUGGUGUGUUGAUCACAACGGUGACCACGGAGGCAUGUUCAGCUACCGCAUCUGCCAGCAACAGGAUAUCGUGGACAAAUUCCUGGACCCAGAAUAUCUGCCAACAAAUGCAGAGAAGCAAGAGGCCGAGGACUGCUUCGAGGCAGGCCUUUUGCCGUGCACCGAUGUCGAUGGACAGGCUUGUGACUAUAGUCCUGAUUGUCCCGAUGGUGCGGCUUGUCAGCGCAAUGACUGGUUUACGUGCAAUGCUUUCGAUGGAACGAAGUGUCAAGGCGUAGACGGCUCUGCGCUUAAUUCCUGCGAUACAACUAUCGCUGGUGGCUAUACGGUGUCCAAAAAGAUCAAGAUCCCCGACUACGUUUCGAAUCAUACUUUGAUAUCUUGGAAGUGGAACUCCUUCCAGACGGGCCAAAUUUACCUGUCUUGCGCGGAUAUCGCCAUCCAGUGA